AAGUGGGCGUUCCAAUGAGCAUUUGGAACCAAUUAAUUCCAGACUUUGUAAUGAAGGUGGCCAAUAGCGUCGGUUACUAUGGAGUGUAUCCAAUCAGAAUCAGAUGUAGGGUCUUUUAAAGAUAGUUCAGGAAGUGCCGUUAAAUACCAGGAAGUUGUAAACAAAGCUGACAGCUAUUUAGUUAGCUGUUAACUACAUCUGAAUGGAUGCUGAUCCAGCCGUGUAAAGCAGGCUACUUUUCGCCGAUAUCGUUUAGUAAACAAAAAUACAGCUCCCUGUCUUGUUUUAUAUAGAAAUCGUUUGGCGGAAAUAUAUAUUUUCCGUGCGUUUGUUCAUCAAACUGACGUUAGCUACCUUCCGUUUUGUCGUUGGGAAAAGGCUAACGUUUGCACAAGGACGUUCGCGCUAACGUUAACGUUUGCGAAGGUAACGACCAAUCGUGUAUUAUUAUCCCGAAUUGGACGGAUAGUGAGCAACAUCAGUCGCCGGUUCGUGUGUUUUUCUGCUGCAUUCGCCAUCUGGGGACAGAAAGAGCGAGAGAGUUCUUCCAUUUUAGCAAGACAACAAUGUCUACAUCAAACGCGAAUUUCAAAAACAAGUGUGUGACCCAGGUGAACUGCAUAUUUUGUGACAGUCUGUUGUGCACAAGAGGCAUGAAAGCGGUGCUCCUUGCAGACACCGAGGUUGAGCUUUUUUCGACUGAUAUACCUCCCAAUAGAACUGUUGACUUUGUGGCCAGCUGCUACUCUACUGAAAGCUGCAAAUGCAAACUGAGAGACAUCGCAUGUCUCAAGUGUGGUAAUGUUGUGGGCUAUCAUGUUGUGGCCCCCUGUAAACCCUGCCUGCUCUCCUGUAACAACGGCCAUUUCUGGAUGUUUAACAGUGAUGCCGUGUCUACUCUCAACAGACUUGAUGCGACAGGUUUGAAUCUGCUCCUGUGGGGUGAUCUUCCCGAGCUGGAUGACAGUGAGAAUGAAGAAUCAGAAAGCCCAUCAGAGGAGGAGUGCAUCAGGUAGAGAGGGACACGGACAAUGUGAGAGAAGUGGAACGCCAACAUUUGAGGUGGAGCUAGAAGAGUGUACAAACCAUGCUUGAGAUAAGAGAGAAAAGAGACGUUAUAAAGGGGUAAUUUAAUGCUGGAUAAAAUAGGGCAGAAAAGUGCUGCAGUACUGCUCGGCAUGGGGUGAAAACUGCAUGGUGCACAUCUAGACACACCCCCAAUCAGUGAUGUCACAGCAGGUGUUUUGCCUUCGGGAACACCUGCUGUGACAUCAUUGAUAGGGCUGUGACCAGAAACACAACAUGCACCAAAGUAAGAACCCACAGAGAACAUUGCAGCAAAAGUUUUGGCCCUAUGUAAUACAGUGUUAAAAUUACCCUUUAACCUGUGACCAUGCCUUUCCUCAUCACUUCUCACUGUUAAAAGCACAGACACACACGUCACACAUAUUCUUUACUCUCUUUUUCUCUUCUUUGUAUAUUUGCAUGGGCUACUAUAAAAACAUGUGGCUGAAGUAGACUGAAAAUAACAGACAACUAGACUGGGUGGUCUAGUGCAUUCUACUUCUAAUCACAGAGUCUUCGUUGAGCUCAUGGUUUGGGAUCAGCCUCGUGACAAGUUGAGGGUGUAGUAUGAUAAGUCGGUGGAACUUAUCAGCGAAUGCUGUGCUUUUUCAAGCUGUUUACGUUCAGUCCAAUUUUCUGAGAAGAUGACCACAAUUCGCCUACCUUCAUUUUAAUGGCAGUUAUAAUCUGUACAUUGAAUAUGCUGUAAUAAGCAAAAACUCCCAUAAGAGUUCUGUCUUAAAGGCUUAUAUUCUCUCUGUGUGGCUGGGUGCUGACUGAAAGUUGAGUGCUUUUUGAAUCUCGUUUAUUGGAGAAUAGCACAAUGAUUGAAUGAUUAUAUAUAAAUAUAUAUAUAUAUAUAUAUAAAAAAUAUAUGAGUUCCUUGCUUUAAGGGCAUAUUUGAUUUCGCGUUACGAUCUGACAUUCUUUCAGUGAUAUGUUUUGAUAUGCUAAUACUGUGUUUGUUACACAUUUGACAGAAGCAGUAUGUGCUUAACACCCAGAAGAAUCUGACUGUAGCAGUAUCUGAUACUAACAUACUAACUUAUGCAUAU